UUGGACAGACUGAUUAUUUAUUUUCCAACAGGCUAUUUUAUAUUCUGCAUAGAGGAUGCAGUUACUGGGACUGGGUGGUACCGGGAGAGGAUGAUGGUUUGCUGUGCCCAUCUCUCGGCUCCUUUCUCCGCUACCAUUACUAGCAGAUAUAGGAUUUCUCUUGCUAACAACUCUUCUUUCGAUUCCAAAGUCUAUUUUACUCUAACUUCUCCUAGCCGCUCAAAAUAUAAUCAAGCAGAGCUGAAGAAGAAGAAGAGGAAUCGAAAUUUCGCAAUUUUUUCGAAUUUCAGUGUGGCAGUGCCUUCAGAUGAUUUCGUGGUUGUGAAUUUUUACCGGUUUGUGUUUAUCGAAAAUCCUCAUGCAGAAGUUGCCAAGCAUCUCUCUUUCUUGAAGGGUCUUGACAUCCAUGGUCGAAUAUAUCUGAAUGAACAAGGGAUUAAUGCCCAGUUCAGUGGACCAUCAAAAGAUGCUCUUGCAUAUGUUGAAUGGUUAAGAGAAGAUUUCAGAUUUUCUGAUGUACUGGUUCAAGUGUCUCCAGCAAACAAUGAGCAUGCCUUCCCAAAAUUAAAGCUGCGCUACAAACCCUCAUUGGUUCAGUUGGAAGGAAGCAUUUCACAUCUUCCUUUGUUGAAUCCUUCUAUGAGAGCAACGCCUCUAACACCAUUUGAGUGGAGAAAAAGAUUAGAAGCAGUACAUGAAAUUGUUGGGAUGUCAAAUUCAGCCAUUGGUUCAAAUUAUGUUCUAUUGGAUGUAAGAAAUGGCUAUGAGUGGGACAUUGGUCAUUUCGUUGGGGCCCAGCGACCUGAUACAGAUUGCUUCAGGAGCACUUCUUGUGGACUAUCCAAUAGGGAGGUCGUUGCUUCAGAUCCUUUAGCAAAUGCUGAUAAAAAUACCACAAAUAUAUUUAUGUAUUGCACAGGAGGCAUUCGUUGUGAUGUAUAUUCUACCAUCCUAAGGGAACAAGGUUUUAAGAAUUUGUACACCUUGAUGGGAGGGGUUUCUCAUUAUCUCAACGAAGAAGGCCCUAGAGAAUGGAUUGGAAAUUUGUUUGUGUUUGAUGACCGUCUCUCUCUUCCACCUUCUGCUUAUAAGCCUGAUACUGAUUCUAAGGCUACAGCAAUAGUGGGCAAACCUCAGCAAGGACCAAAGAACUAUUCAUUUGCUAACUGUUUUAUCUGUGGAUCACAUGUCCAUGAGUUGAGGCAUCGAAACUGUGCUAAUCUUGAUUGCAACUUGCUUUUUCUGUGCUGUAUGAACUGUGUGAAGGAUUUAAGAGGAUGUUGCUGUCUGAAAUGCAAAACUGCUCCUCGGCUUAGGCCUGUUUUGCCAGGGAAUCAGAGAUAUAAGAAAUGGCACACAUCAAAACUGGAAGUGCAAAGCAAGUUGACAGUAUGAUCAUCGAUACCUGAUCUUCAAUGCUGUGUCUUCUCAUGGGCAUUUGCCUCCUCUUAGCUAAACUGUCUGACCCAAGUGUUUGUAAGUUACUUUUCCUGUUAAAACGUGUUGAAGGAAGCUAUGAGAUUUUUCAUGGAAACUAUUGUUUAGGCUGAUUCCUUUGCUGUAUAAAUGAUCUAGUUAAAGUUGUUAGGUAAAAAGGAUUGGUAUUCAAAAAGUUUAUGUUAGUACUCUAUAUGAGGCAGUUUGUAAAUGGAAAAUUCAGAGAAAAGAAAUGAUGUUCAGCUCA